GGACGAGGGACAAGAUCCGCCGAAUGAUCUCCAGAGUAAGACUGACGAAGGGAUAGAGAUGAAAGAUGAUUUCAAAGCAAAGGCUGGUGAUCUUUCUUCGGACUCUGAAGGUGAUGACAAAGAGGAUGACAAUGACGAAGAAGAACCUGAAAAGGCCAUGGGAGAAACUGGAGAAAAUGGUGAAGUGGCUGAUGAAACACUUGCGGAUAAAGAUGAUGAAGGUAAUCAAGGUAACAAACAGGAAAAGUAUGAAACAGGAUCAUCUGUGAAAGAUUCAGAUUUGAACUCCAGGGAAUUAAGAGCCAAGGAAGAUGCUGCUGCUGCAGAUGACACCGAGACUACGAAUGGUGAGGAGUUUGAUAAGCAGACAAAUGAUGGUGAAGCUGAAAAUGAUGAUCCUGAAGAAGGUGACAGUACGGAGGAUGUUGUGAUGAAAAAAGAAGAUGCUUAUGAGGAUCCCACGGGAAUAGAGCUCGCUGGUGAGAAGGAGAAUCAAGGGCUUGAGGAAGAUGAUACAAAUCCUGAAGGAGAAAAUGAUGAGAAUGGAGAGGAUGUGAGUGAUGAAGCUGGAAAAGGGAAUCCAGGCAAUGAAGAAGAUGUCAUGGAGGAAGAAGCUGAAGAAGGGAGUAAAAAGGUUGAGACUGAUGAUAUGGAUCAUGAUGGAAGUGCAGAAAUUGAUGUAACUGCGCCAAGUAAACCUUCUAUCGAACAAACAAUGCCUGAUAUUAAUAGGGAUCAUGUGCCCAAUAACGAUUCUGCAACUCGAAUUAAUGGAAAUUCACAGGCAUUGGAUUCAAGUAAUGUUGCGCCAGAGGAGCAGUGGGCAAACAGUAGUGAUAUGCAGAAUGGUCUUGCUCCUUCAAGAAGUACGCCUUCUGGUAAUGCUCAACAGAUGGAGAUUACUGUGCCUGAUUCAACAGAUGAUGGGAAGUUAACAGAUGAUCAACCAAAUCCUCAGUCAAAGACGAAUGAACGUAAUACGUCAUCUGCUCAAAGAACAAAUCCAAACCCUUGCCGUAGUGUUGGGGAUGCAAUCGAAGAAUGGAAAGAAAGAGUGAAGGUAUCUGUUGAUUCAGAGGAGAAGGAUGGAAAAGAGGGGACCAAUGAUAUGGAGGAUGAUAAUGCCGAGGAAUAUGGAUUUGUUUCUGAGCAGGAAAGAGGAACUUCUCAGGCAUUAGGACCAGCUACAUCUGAUCAGAUGGACAAGAAUAUCAAGGGAAAUGAACCUGAGGGAGGUGAAGGUGAAGAUCAUACUAAAGAGAACAAAAUUGGAAACACUGAAAUGGAGGUUUGAGGAACAGGAAUCGGAGAUACAGCCUGUUAAAAACUAUAGUGGUUCCAUGCUUAAACAGAAAAUCGACGAGAGAAGAGAAAAAUCAAUGCUUGACAGUGAUGUGGCUGAGGAGGUUGGAUCACCUAAAAGUGAUAACGAUGAUUGUAGUAAUAUGUCAGGGGAUUUGGUCUCCAUGAAUAGGUCUUAUAUGAGUGAGAGCUUGUUGCAAAUCAAUAACUUAAGAAUUGAUGAUGAUGAAGACUUGGGAAAAGCGAAUGCCCUUGAUGAAAUAUCUGGUGGUAUAAGGGAGAAUGCAACUAAACUGUGGAGGGAAUACGAGCUAAGCACGACAAGGCUUUCACAGGAGUUGGCUGAGCAACUGCGUUUAGUCAUGGAACCCACUGUAGCCAGCAAGCUCGAAGGAGAUUACAAGACUGGAAAACGGAUUAACAUGAAGAAGGUAAUUCCGUACAUAGCAAGCCAUUACCGAAAAGAUAAGAUCUGGUUAAGGCGCACACGGCCCAACAAGCGUGAUUACCAAGUGAUAAUUGCAGUUGAUGACUCCCGGAGUAUGGCUGAGAGCAAUUGUGGUAAUGUUGCAAUUGAAGCUUUGGUUACAGUAUGCCGUGCCAUGUCAGAACUCGAUGUUGGGCAGUUGGCUGUUGCAAGCUUUGGCAAGAUGGGCAACAUAAAGUUACUCCACGACUUUAAUCAGCCAUUUACUGGAGAAAGUGGUAUCCAGAUGAUUUCGAACUUGACGUUCAAGCAAGAAAACACCUUUAAAGAUGAACCAGUUGUCGAUCUUCUAAAGUUCUUGAACAAUAAGCUCGACGCUGCAACGGCGUGUAAGAGAUAUUUUGAACAAGAAAAGAAUGGUUGCCAUUUUGGUAAUAGAUAGCGCGCAGGAAUCCAUUUUUGACUCCACAGCAGCUUAAUUUUAUAUGGACGGGAACUGCACUAUUACAAAGUAUCUAGAUUUGUUUCCCUUCCCAUUCUACAUUGUUUUAGAGAACAUGGCAGCACUUCCCAGUACUCUUGCGGAUCUGAUUAGACAGUGGUUCGAACUUAUGCAAAAUACAAGGGAUUAGACGCAUCUGAUCUUCAUGAUUAUCCUUGAUUCUUGAAGUUCUUCUAUCUUACGAGUGAAUAUGAGAGGUGUGGCAGUUAAGUUUUUGGUUGUAAAAUUUAUAGUACUUUACAAUUUAAGUGAGUGUAAUUGU